AUGGCAGUGUUAUCGAUCCGCCUAAGUGAAAGAAUUCAACGUGAGAUUGAAAUCGAAUUUAGUGAAGUUUACUAUUGGACUGAUUCUGAGGUGGUUCUUAAGUACAUCUACAAUAACCACAAACGAUUUACAGUGUAUAUCGGGGAUCGAGUAGCAGAAAUUCGAGAGAAAUCCAACCCAUCACAAUGGCACUACUGUCCCAGCGAAGAAAAUCCUAGUGACGAUGCAUCAAGAGGAUUACAUCCAGCUGAUCUUACCUCAGAUUGUCGAUGGUUGGUUGGUCCACCAUUCUUAAGACAACCGAAGUCACAAUGGCCUUUAACGGAAUUAAAGGAGAACGUGGAAGAAGAUCCUGAAGUCUUAGAAGAUCUUCAAUCAAAUGUUUUAGUGGCUGACGAAAGACGACUCUGCGCAUUAUUAGAAAGAUAUUCUUCAUGGAAUGCUCUUAAAUCAAAGAUUAUGUGGUUGACAAGAUUUAAGAAUUAUCUAAAGGAUAGAAACUAUAAACAUACAAGUGUAGUCACCCUUGGUGAAUUGAAGAUUGCUGAAACAGACAUCUUAAGAAUGGUCCAAUCCCAAACGUAUCCAGAAGAAAUAAAAGAUCUGAAGGAAAACAGAAAUGUCAAAAUAUCGAGCAACAUUGCGAAAUUCAACCCGUUUAUAGGAGAGAACGGUCUUGUACGACUGGGAGUGGUCUUGAAUUUGCACCAAUAUCUUAUGAUGCUAAAUUUCCAGCAAUAUUGCCAAACACCAUUUGGUAGCAGAACUAUUGGUAGCAGAACUUUUAACGCUCUUAUCGGCCAAGAACAAACCUUAAGUUUACUCCGCCAAGUGGUUUGGAUUUGCAAAGCUCGUUCUCUCGUACGUAGAAUCAUUUAUUAA